CGCCGCUACCGCGCCAUGCGCAGUUUCCCGUCAGUCAUGGCGAUGAAACACCUGCAGCUGUUUCCCGCAUACAUUUGUCAUGCUGUUUCUUUUCUUCCUGACGUACGUGCCCGCCGUCGCGGCCCUCCUCGCUCAGCGGCCGUUGUCUGCUGCUCAUCCAGUGUCAGAGACAGCGCUCCAUGAAGCGUUCGAUAACAGCAAUGCACCGUUCAUCUUUAGCUCGUUAUCUGGCCUCUUAAAGCAAUGGCCGAACACAUAUCAUCCGAACGGUCAGACUAUCAUCCCAGGUAUCCUCGAGCCUUAUACGGUUCUCUACCAUGCACGAAAGGAUAACCAGAUCCCGCCUACCAGCGAGUGGUUCGCGUUCGAUCCUGAGAUGAGCUAUGGCAUUAUGGCAGGCUUCGGACAUACCUUCCUCCUCACUUACAGAACGAUCCGCCCAGCAAAGGUGGUCUACUUUGAUGGUAUGAGCGCCUCUUUGGGCAACUCGGGCUGGCUGGAUAGCCAGGAGAUUCUUAUUCGUGGGAAGGGCAAGAGCGGCGAUGACGAUCCGACGAACUACCCGGUCUGGGGAGAGCAACGCCGCCUAGAAGAACUGUGCAGAUGGGGCGAGAAAUUUGACAUCGAAGGAUUCAUUCGCAUGAACUCGGCAUUCGAGAUCAUGUGGUGUAAUUUCCAUUCCCCGUCUAUUCAGCUUGUCAGCCGCCUCAACAUCACUGCGCCCGGGACGCCAUACUUCAAUGAAUCUGAUUGGCCUAGACGACCUCCUCGUGGCGGACUUGAUGCAACUGACGGCUAUUCAAGUUCCCUUGAUGAUCUUCCAAUGGAGAAUGAAUCUCCUGAAGACGGCCCAGAUCGCGGCAGACAGCGACGCCCAGGCGGUGAUGGCCCGCGAAGAGGCCCUUUCGGGGGUGCCAUGUCCCCCUUCGCCACUACAACCUUUGCAGAAUGGCUACGUGCCGCAUCGUGGCGCGCGUUCGCCCCUCAACCGCACGUCCGCCUCGAUUACGGAUCGUUCGUGACGUUCUACCAUCCCCGCCUACACAGUCUCGCGAGUGCGCGCGCGGGGCAGCCAAUGCGGAAACACCGCGCAUGGUUGAACCUCUCCGACGAGGACGCGCAGUCCGUCGUCCGGGAGGUAGAAGAAGUCGUCCAACGCCCGAUGUGGAUGCGCUCGGGGAGCGGUAUGGACUGGAGCGCAUUGGCGACGAAUAUCGUGGAAGAGUGGACCGGCCGGAUGGUCCAGCUACGUGAGUUCCUCGGGAACGCUUCGAGGUCUCUGAACGAGAGCGCGUAUAUCAAUACUACCGAAACCCUGUGGGAGGUGCGCCGACUGGUGUAUACUCCGCUGAACCCUUACUUGGACACGACGGUGGCGCAAAAUUCAUCGGCUUGGACAUGGUCUGACCUAGACGUGUCACUGUCCAGCCAGUUCCCUCCCCGUCCGCCUCAUCAAUCUCCGCCUCCUCCUAACCCUUUCCCACCGCGCCUCCCUCUUCCUGACUCGCAUCAUCCGCCAGCUCACCCACCAUCGCCCCCUCCCAGCUUCCUGAACACAUCCGCUCUCCGGCGCUGCACAUACUCUGCUACCGGGAUCCUACACAGUGCUCACAUACAUCUGACGCCACAAGAGGAUCUCCUCCGCGUGAGCGUCGAGACCGUAUUGGAACGCCUAUGCACUGAUUAUGGCACGAUCUUCGUCGAGAGCAUGCACGCAGACGAUCAUGCCGGAUUGGAUGACGUGAAGGACAUGGUAAUUAAGUGGGAGACGCGGAUGUUAGAGCUGAUGCAGUGGCUUGACUGGACGGAGUGGUUGAAGUGCGAUGAGGUCUGUUCAUCCGAUGAAGUCUGUACCAUGCCCGUCUGGCCGCUGAACUUCAUGAGGCGCGGACCGCGCAGGGGUCCCGGCGAUCCCGACGAGGAUGAAGAUGACCCCGUCUACUACAAGCCGAAAUGCGAAUCUGUGCGCUCAAUGUGGCGUUUUGGGCCUCCUGGCCACCUUGUCGAGACACUCUUGGAAGCGAGAGACCUAGAUUGAUUCGAAGACUUUUCUUGGGGGAUUUUGCUGAGACACUCCAUGUUUUUUGCUUUUGCGUUAUUCUACGCUCGUUUGUCGUACGCUGACCUGUACUGCUGCAUAUAAUACGACAAUUAUCCGAUGCGCGAAACUCAGCAUUUUGCAUACUCCGUCU